CCCACCAUGUUUGUAUGGUAGGGAAUUGAUAAGAAAAUAGCUUUUAUUUUGUUUAAAUUACAAAGUACAAUAUUGGCGUAAAUGGAUUUAGUCUAUAGAUCUUGUUUUGCUAUAUAAUACCAGAGAGUUAUUUCUAAACCGGCGACGGUGGAUGUUUAUAAUACAUGAUUCUGACAGCACAUUUCAUCAUCAGUUGACAUUGCUGUAUUGUGCAAGACUUGCUUGUUUCGCUGUUAAAACUGAGUUGAAAUUGAAGUAGUACAUGCCAAGAUUUUGCUGUGACUGAAAAGUGGUUUCCAAUAUGAACAACUGGGGAACAAUCGCUUUUGCUGUACUGUUGUUUGUUUCACGUAUUCAGAUAUUUUCUUGCUCAGGAAAAUUAAAGAUAGAUUUGAGGCGAUACGAAAACCCAGGAAAUAAAUUAAAAGAUAAUUCCUGCUGUGAACUCACUUGCUUAAAUGAUUGUGAUCCCUUCUUCGAGUUCACCUUCAAAGGGACCAAGAAAGAACUGAGUCCACGCCGAAGUGGAAAAGACAUCAGUUUUUCCUCCCAAUCUAUAACGUUUUCCUUUGAAGACACCUGGAAGCACAUGAUUCCAGGUGGUCCAGUCCCUAAGUUCAUAUCAAAAUAGGAACAGUG